ACAUCCCUGCGCAAAUUAGGGUUCAUCCGUAAGUCUUUUGUCCAUCGUCCUGGAUCCUCCAACGGUCAGAUGGGUUUGUUUGUGCUUAAUGUCUAUGAUAUUGAGAAUCUGAGAUUAUUUUGGGAAAUCCAUUUGGAUGCCAUGGGAUAAUGCUAACAUCUUUAAGCUUCUCGAAUAUGGUUACGUGGAAGAAUAUAAUGUCUGAAGACUCUGGGCAUAUGAUGGUUGUUUACGAUGAUCCUUCAGACCAAAGAUCUUUAUCUGUUGAGGACACCAGUAGUGCAGAAGAGUCGCCAGAUGAAACAAGGCUUUCACUAGAAACAACAAAUGAUGCAAUUCCAUAUAUUGGCCAAAAAUUUGCUACCCAUGAUGCUGCAUAUGAAUUCUACAGUGAAUUUGCUAAGAGAUGUGGUUUCUCAAUCAGGCGCCACCGCACAGAGGGAAAAGAUGGAGUUGGGAGAGGACUUACAAGGCGCUACUUUGUCUGCCAUCGUGCAGGCAACACGCCUAUCAAAACCUCAAAUGAAAACAAACCCCAAAGAAACCGGAAAUCCUCACGAUGUGGAUGCCAGGCUUAUUUGAGAAUUAGUAAGACAACUGAACUAGGAGCACCAGAAUGGCGUGUCACUGGUUUUGCGAACCAUCAUAAUCAUGAACUCUUAGAACCAAACCAAGUUCGUUUUCUCCCUGCUUACCGCACCAUAUCAGAUGCAGACAAGAGCCGAAUCCUUAUGUUUGCAAAAACAGGAAUCUCGGUACAGCAAAUGAUGAGGCUCAUGGAGCUUGAGAAGUGUGUGGAGCCUGGAUAUUUGCCUUUCACUGAGAAGGAUGUAAGGAAUUUACUUCAGUCAUUCAGGAAAGUGGAUCCAGAAGAUGAAAGCAUUGACUUGUUAAGAAUGUGCAGAAACAUUAAAGAAAAAGACCCAAAUUUCAAAUUUGAGUACACACUUGAUUCAAACAACAGGUUAGAGAAUAUUGCCUGGUCAUAUGCCUCAUCAAUACAGUCAUAUGAGGUCUUUGGUGAUGCAGUAGUGUUUGAUACAACACAUCGCUUGACUGCUUUUGAUAUGCCACUUGGGAUAUGGGUUGGGAUGAAUAAUUAUGGUAUGCCUUGCUUCUUCGGUUGUGUGCUUUUGCGAGAGGAGAAUUUGAGGUCAUUCUCGUGGGCUUUGAAGGCAUUCUUGGGGUUCAUGAAUGGGAAGGCUCCACAAACAAUAUUGACUGACCAAAAUAUGUUCCUCAAAGAGGCUAUAACCAUGGAAAUGCCAACUUCCAAACAUGCUCUUUGCAUUUGGCUAAUUGUGGCAAAAUUUCCAUCCUGGUUUAAUGCUGUUUUGGGGGAACGAUAUAAUGAGUGGAAAGCUGAAUUCUUUCGGCUUUAUAAUCUGGAGGCAAUUGAGGACUUCGAGCUGGGGUGGAGGGACAUGGUAAAUUCCUUUGGGUUGCACAAUAACAGGCAUGUUGCAAACCUGUAUGCCUUACGAUCACUUUGGGCAUCACCAUACUUGAGAAGCCAUUUCUUCGCGGGAAUGACUACAACUGGCCAGUCAAAGUCAAUUAAUGCUUUCAUUCAACGGUUUUUGAGUGCCCAAACUCGGCUAGCACACUUCAUAGAACAAGUAGCUGUUGCUGUGGAUUUCAAAGAUCAAACUGGAGAACAACAAACUAUGCAACAGAAUCUCCAAAACAUUAGCCUAAAGACAGGUGCCCCCAUGGAAUCCCAUGCUGCUGCAAUCCUUACUCCCUUUGCCUUCUCAAAGCUCCAAGAACAGCUUGUUUUAGCUGCUCACUAUGCUUCAUUUCAAAUGGAAGAUGGUUUCCUUGUGAGACACCAUACAAAAUUGGAGGGUGGCCGGAAAGUGUAUUGGGUUCCUCGAGAAGGCAUCAUAAGUUGCAGCUGCCAUCAGUUUGAGUUUUCUGGAAUUCUUUGCCGCCAUGCCCUACGGGUUCUCUCAACUGGAAAUUGCUUCCAAAUUCCAGAAAGGUAUCUUCCAGUCCGCUGGCGCCGUAUUAGCACAUCAUCCACAAAACUCCUUCAAACUAGUCCAAGUGAUCAUGCUGAAAGAGUGCAGUUAUUGCAGAGUAUGGUAUCAACUCUCAUAACAGAAUCUGCCAAGUCAAAGGAGAGGGUAGAUAUUGCAACCGAGCAAGUUUCAAUGCUUUUAGCUCAGAUUCGAGAGCAGCCUGUUUCCAUGCAAGGUACAAGAGACACCCUCAUCCAUAGGAAUUUCUAAUUUGAGUUGGUAUGAAUCGCUUAACCUGGUUCUAGUUCUCAUGGUAAGUGGAGAAAACACUAAAAAUUUUGAUGUGAACACAAGUGAAUUUGUAGAGCGAGAUUUAGGGUAAUGAUUUGCUCUUUAUGGAGAUUCUGAAGCUGGUUUGUCGGCUCAAAUUCAUUUCAUGGCAUUCUUUUACUUCUAUUACAUGCAAUCAUAGAAGGCAUUGUCUAUCUCAGACAUUGUUGUACAUUUUGAAAAGAAUCUACUUGGAGUCUGAUGUGUAUAUGGACAGGGAAAAAGUAUUUUUGUUUAUAGCUAUAUACAUUUGCUUUGUCAA